UAUAAAUUCAAUGCUAUUACUUAUCAUAUCACUUACGAAUACAUAAAUUAUCACUUCGGCGUGGUAAUUGGAACGGCCCCGAAACGCAAUUCGUUUGCUUAUAUACCAAAUACCACCUCUCUCCCGAAAGAUCUAGAUCGCUUCCCAAGGAAUCCGGACUAAGUAUUCAAGAAGGUUCUCGAACAAGCACGCCAUAUUUCUCGGAAAGAUUACGAUCUUUCAUGGCGCCUCGAUGUCUAUCGAGAUUUCUGGAAUGUUCGCUACAAUACUUUUUCGUUGCAAAGGGUAUAGCCAUCUCUAGCAGUCAUUCCAGUUGAGAUUACCACUACAAUGGAGUCAACGCCAGAAUUUACGAACGAGUUUUUCAAAUCCAUUUUGGAAAAUCACUUUCAACAGAUGAUCCAUAUCUCAAACGUAAAAGUAGAGGACAUGACCAACUCGGCUCUUAACUUUUGCAGCAAGCUGAGAAGAAUUACUGUUGCCUACCACUUCGAAAAAAAGCAGGAGAACCACGAGAUCGCACUCGUUGCCAAAUGUUUACCGGAUAACGAAUUUAUGGCGCAAUUUGUCACCGACAUGGGGAUGUUCGAUUGCGAAAUUGAAACUUACUCGACGGUAAUUCCGAAACUGCUAAUGUUAAACUACAGAGAGAAGUUCGCACCCAGUGUUUAUUACACCAGUCGAGAACCGAAACCUAUAAUAAUUCUCGAAGAUUUAUCUUCGUUGAAUUACAGAGUGCUCGAUAAACGAGUUGGUUUAGAUUUGGAGCACAGUCUCCUGGCCGUUGAGAAGCUCGCCUACUAUCAUGCCGCGACGGCCGCAUUGCACAUGCUGGACUCCAGCAUUCUGCCAAAGUUUCAUCACUCGCCGUUUCGACGAACCGACCGUCUGCACGACAUCAUGAGUGCCAGCUACGAGGAAGUGGUUAACGUGUGCCGAAAUUGGCCAGAGCUGGGCGACUAUGUGGAGAAACUCAAUCGAGCCAAACCUCACAUACUGCUAAAUAUCUACGACCUACAGAACUUGAAAGUCAAUUUCAGCGUGCUGAAUCGUGGAGAUUUUUGGACCGCCAACAUUUUGUUUUCCUACGGCCCGGAUGGAAAUCUCACGAAUGUUGCAUUUGUCGACGUACAGCAUUCUACUUUUACAAGCCCGUGCUUCGACCUGCAUUUCUUUCUAGCUACAAGUCUUAUGGAGGGAAUUAAAUGUGAAAAAGUUUCAAUUGUCAAUCGUUAUUUUGAAACCUUCGUUAUGAAUUUAAGGAAGCUCCGCGUGAAAAUCGUACCAACACGUGCGGAAUUUGAUGAGGAUUUUCGUAUAAUGGGCUACUGUGGUUUCGCCGCAUCAAUUUAUGGACUUCCGUUCAUGAAAGCCAGUAGAACAGAGGGGGCCUCACCAGAGAACUUUUUGGCGGACGGCAGCAAAGACAGUUUUAGACAUCACUGCUUCAACAAUGAAGUAUACUUAAAAGAACUGUUUCAUUUCUUACCGUUUUAUAAUAGUUUAGGACUAUUUGACGUCCGUGACUAGCGAGAACUGUUUUCUCGAAUGAUUUUUUUCCCAAUCCUUUUAAUUAGAAAAUAUCUUUUGUGGUCAAUCCACCAUACGCAGUGUUAUAAUGUAGAUACAGCCAAUUAAUUACUACUGGAUGUGUACCUUACAUAAAAAAAUUAAGAGAUUGUAACUGUAUCUAGUUAUGUUACCGUAGAUACUUUCACAUGCCGUAUUUCUUUUUAAUAAGUAUUGGGUGUUACUGAUUCAGGAAGGAAUCAAUUAUUAUGACCUUUUAAAAAUAGAAAAAUAAUUGUUAUAAAUAAUAAACGUCUUUAUUAGGCAGUUAAACAAAAUAAAUGCGUAAAAAUGUUAAACUUAUUGCCUAAGGCCAGCGUUCCGUGGCCAAUCGGUGCCGAGUACUGACAUAUAUGCGUUCGCUUGUAGUAGACCGAAAAUUAAGGGCUCGGUUAAAGGAGAGAGUGAGCAUAAAAGCUCGCCCCCGGUUUCACCGUUUAUCGGGAAAUAUAAAAUGGCAUACAAAGCCAAUAAAAUUUGGAUCAAAAGAGUUGACAGUUGGAUGACGUUGCGGUCGGUUUCGUGCCGACUAGUUUAGCUGUAGAGGUGCCAGGUGGUUUUCCAAACGACAAAGUUUGGAAUCUUUUAAUCCAUUGUAAAUAAGCCAUUUGACUAUUUUGGAACGUCUGUACGCUGUACGCUUUCUAAUUGCCGAGGAAGAUUGUCUCUUCAA